AUGGGAUUCAUGGGAUUCAUGGCCUUUGGAUUAGUCCACCUUCUGCGGAUUGCCCAGCUUAUCCUUGCUGUCAACGUUCUUGCACUCUCGGGUUACGGAUUAGUUGCCCAUUGGUAUAAUGCCGACACCUUAACCGCACCGCCUAAACAAAUCGACUUCUUGAUCUUCGUCCCGGUCUUUUCUUUCAUCUCUGUCUUCUACCUUGAGUUUGUUCCGCGCUUUGCGCCGAAGGCUUCUCACCCAUACGCACUCUUUGUAGUCGAGAUCUUAAACACCUUGUUCUACUUUUCGGGAUUUAUCGCACUUGCUGUCUUCAUCGGCAGACUGCUCUUCUGCCGUGGUUCGGUCUGUUCGGCAGCCCGAGCAGAUGCUGUAUUCGCCGCCUUUAGCUGGAUUCUAUGGGCUGCUAGUUCUGUUGUUGGUGCUUUGAAGAUCUUCAGGGGCGGAUUUCAGAACAUGAAGACGGAUCACCAAGCAUCUUCGGUCAUGAAGGAAGUGCCUGCUCAGCCAUAG